AUGGGUUCGCUUUGCAAUGCAUGUGGCAAACGUAACCACUACGCCAAAGUAUGUCGAUCGAAGCCCGCAGAAAGAUUUUCAAAUAGCAGACGAGAACGACAAUUCGAAGGCAAAGACACAAGAGACACACAACAAUCAACAUCGGAAGAAAGAAAUCGGAGAGGCAGGAAAAUGCCAGAAAAUAUAAAUGUCAAGCAUGUUACCUACAAUAGAGAUCGAAGUCCGAGUACCGAAAGCAGCACAUCAAAUGAUAGCGACUUGGUAAACCACUUAAAGAUACACAGGACGUCAGGGGAUGAAACGACUUUAUCCUGUGUUGUUUACAUAAAUGGUCAUAAAACACUUGUUGAACCAGACACAGGUGCAGACUCUAACAUUAUGGAUGAAAUACAACUUCAAGAGCUGAAAACCAAGUCACCAGAGAUACAACUAUACGAGUCGAAAGUAAAGCUAAAUACGCUGAAAGAGAAGCUACCAGUCAAAGGCGAAUGCAUUGUGACCAUUGAAAACGAGACACGCAUAACACAAGCACCAAUGGUCAUCAUUAAAGGGAAAAUCAACUCUUUACCUUUAAUUGGACGAACAACCCUAGAAGAAUUGGGCAUGGUGAAGAUUGAUGAAACAGGACGACUUAAAGAACCGAACAAACCCAGUGGUACUUGCAAUAUUCGGAAACUACAAGAAACACAGUCCAGUGUUAACGAUCUACUCAAAUCAUAUCAAGAUCUAUUUCAUGGAAUUGGCAGAGCGACCCGCAAUGGAGAGGAGAUUCAGCUACAUUUACCAAUGGAUGAAGAGGCUGAACCAAUUGCACAAAAACCAAGACGAGUUGCAUACCACCUAAUGGAACCUCUCCAGAAACGACUCCAAGAAUUUGUGGAACAAGACAUCAUGGAGAAAGUUCCUGAUCAAGAACCUAUAACAUGGUGUUCUCCCAUAGUUGUACAACCUAAACCAAAGAAUUCCAAUGAUAUACGCCUCAGCUUGGAUUUGCGAACACUGAAUAAAUCCAUGUUACGAACUCGCCUACCACCAGUUUGUCAUUGA